AUGGAGCGGCACCGGCUCCAGGGCACCCCGCCCGGGACGAGGGUUUGCCUCCUCGAGGACUGGUGCACCCCCGCGGAGGAGGAGUACCUCUUGGGUCGCGUGUAUCGCCCCUCGGGUACGGCGUGUGACCCGUGGCAGCGGGUAUCGGGGAGGAAGGUCCAGGUCCACGGCGGCGAGGUGCACGAGAAGGGGAUGAUCCCCCGACAACUCCCCGAGUGGUUGGGUAAAAUGCUGAAAUCCGUCCGCGAGACGUGCGGCGACGACAUGUUUCCCAUAAACGUCCAGCUGAACCACGCGCUGGUGAACGAAUACGAGGUGGGCGGCGGCAUCAUGCCCCACCAGGACGGGCCUCUCUACUUUCCAGCCGUGGCGAUCGUGUCGCUGGGCGCAACCGCGGUGAUGAGGUUCACGCCGCACGUGAGCCAGGACGACGUAGGUGCCGAGGAAAGUGCAGAGACAUCAUCUUCGAUGGCACCCUUCGGCGUGUGGCUGCCCAGGCGGAGUCUGCUGUUCUUCGACGGCGCCGCGUAUACGCAUUGUCUUCACGGCAUCGACGGCGUGGCUGAGGACGUUUUAGACGAAUCGGUGGUGAACUGGAGAAGCGCGGUGGAUCGGUGCGGGGAUGCGAGGAAGCGGGAGGGGACGAGGGUGUCGGUGACGUGCCGCAACGUGCUAAAGGUUAGGAAGUUGCUGAUGUUCAAGUAG